AUGUAUCCCUACGGCAACCAACAGUAUGGUUCUGGAUAUCCGCAGGCCACCGGAUACAACAACUGGUCUUCCCAGCAGCAGCCGACUGGGGCUCCCCAGCAGCAGCAGCAGCAGCAGCAGUACAUGCAGCCGUCGUUGCAAACACAGCCUACGGGAUUUGGGUUCCAGUCUCAGGCGACCGGCUGGAAUCAACAACCACAGUGGAACAGCCAAUUCCAACCCCAACAACAGCAGCAGACCCAGCAGAGCUGGCAGUUCCAGCAGCCCCAGCAGCCCCAGCAACAGGCUCAGCAGCAGCCGCAGCAGCAGUCGUACCAAAGACAGGAUUUCCAACCGGGCUUCCAAGGCAGACUCCAGCCAAUGGCCACCCAGGCAACGGGGUACCAGCCGUCGUUGGCGACACAGCAGACCGGGUUUCAGCCAUUGACCGCGACCCAGACCGGGUUCCAGCCGCAGACGUCGUUUGGAGGCAGCCAGCAGAUACAAAACAACUGGCAGUCGCAAACUGGCGCGUCCGCAUUGCAGCCGCAGCAGACUGGUUUCACUUCUUCGUUGGUGACGAGCUCAGAAAAUGAAAAUAAGGAUAUCAAGAUUCCAAACAUCCGACUCUCGUUCAUCACUGCAAAGGAACAGGAGCGGUUUGAGCAUGUUUUCCGGGUGAAUGUCCCCAAGGGAGAAAACUCAAUCGACGGCCAGACUGCAAAGAAAAUCAUGAUGCAGUCUGGUCUCAGUGCUACCAAGCUGGCUGAUAUUUGGGCAUUGGCCGACACGACCCGCUCAGGAAGGCUGCUUUUUCCUGAGUUUGCAUUGGCGCUCCAUCUCUGCAACAUUGCCGCAAAGGGAGAGCAGGUGCCAUACGAGCUGCCACUAAAAAUUAAAAACGAGGUCAGCAGCUUUGUCGACGCCAUUAAUUUUUCCGUCAACGACGCGGCUCCUCAGCAGUCGUUCAACCAGAUGCUUUUCAGCCAGCCAACAGGUGUCCAGUCGUUCCCGCAGACCAGCUUCCAGUCGCAACCACUGCAGUCUCAGGCCACCGGUCUUAGACCGCAACAGACAGGCUUUGGGAUGCAGGCUGGUAUCCAGCCGCAGCAGACUCAAGGAACGUUUGGUCUACAGCCGCAGAGAACCGGCUUUACGCAACAGCAGACGGGGCUUCAGCCCCAACGCACUGGCUUCAACUUGCAAUCGCAGCAAACCGGGUUCAACCUACAGCCCCAGCAGACGGGCUUUGGCAUGCAACCACAGCAGACUGGAGCUCCCCUCCAGGCUCAAAAAACUGGCACUUUCAUUCCAUUGACUGCGCAGCAGACGAGUGGACUUGUGCCCGUCGGUCCGCAGAGUACUGGAGGACUUGUGCAGCAGAGAACAGGCGGCUUUGCUCCUUCGCAGACAGGCCUGCUACCGCAAACUACAGGAAUCAAUCCUCAACCAACGGGACUCAUGCCGCAACCAACAGGCUUGACUGCCAUGCCUACAGGAAAACCUGGCCAAUGGGGUUUUGUUUCUGCGCCAACAGGUGGACUGCCGGGCUUGGACAUGAUGCAAUCGCACUUCAUGCCUAAUGCCUCUUCCCAGACUCAACACUUGACGAACGCAAUGGGCGGAAAUGCUGCCUCCAACGUCACGUGGGCAAUCACUAAACAGGAGAAGCUCAUCUACGACAACAUCUUCAAAAAAUGGGACACCGACAGAAAAGGUUACGUCGAGGGAAGCACGGCCAUCACUGUUUUCGGAAAGUCUGGCUUGAAUAGACAGGAGUUGGAAAAAAUCUGGACGCUUGCUGACUCUGGCAACAGAGGCAAGCUGAACAAGGACGAGUUUGCGGUGGCUAUGCAUUUGAUCUACAGACGUCUGAACGGCUUUGACAUUCCGGAAGUGUUGCCUCCUGAACUCGUUCCUCCUUCCUCGAAAUUACUGCUCGAGAGCAUGAAUCAGAUCAAGGGCAAGCUUAUGGAAGACUCGAUUUCGAGCAGACCAAAGCCUAUCUCCUCGUCAAGCACAUUUGACGGUACUAGGUACAAGAACAACGAUGAUGCCAUUGGGUAUGUUAGCAACGCAAGACACAGGAGCUCAAAGAAGAAGCCAGACGAAAAGACUGACAACCAGUUGACUAUCGAAGAUUUGAGAAAGAAAGUGCAUGAGAAAAAGAUCCUGCUCGAUGCCAUUGACGCAGCCGACGAGGAUGUUGCCAAUGACUACGGCAAGCAGAAAACUGUCAAUGAGAUUAAUAUGCUCAAGGUGAAAAUUAGAGCAGCACAGGACAAACUGAACGCGGCAGGACAAGAUGCCGGUUCUGCCAUUCAGGAAAAACAGAGGCUGUCUAAGGAGCUGACCAGGUUGACUGACCGGGUUCCUAAGCUUGUUUCGGAGCUUGGCUCGAUUGAUGAGCAGAUCAAGAAUGCCAAAGUCGAAAUCGCCAGACUCAAAAUCCACAAGGAAAAUCCUUCUGGUAUCCAAAUCAAGGGAACGGGCCGCAACGGCGAAGUCACCGAAGCGGACAAGCGCAUCGCCAAGCAGAAAGCAGCGUUGCAAGCCAAGAUGGCGGCCCUGACCGGAAAGCCUGCUCCGAACCUCGACCAAUUUGAGGCCAAUGAGGCUAGGCUUUCUCAGGACAUAGACCGUAUUUCAAAUGAGACCCAACAACAGCAGACCAUGAUUAAGGACAUUGCUGGCUCGAUCAACGAGCUGGUGAACGACAUUUCCGGCUCGCUGCGUCUGACAAACUCUGCUCAGGUUGGCUAUUCAAAAUGGGAGCUUGGCAACGACAUUCAGAGUAGCGACGUGAAGGCGUUUAUUAGCGAGUUGAACGCCUCAAAGCCAGCCCCUAAACCAAAGGAGCCUCAGCAGCCAGCGAUGCACACUCCUUCUGUCGCGCCGGCCAUGCAAGAGUCUGUUUCUCGCUCGUCCACCCCAUCUCAGUCUGCGGAUAGCCUUGAGGCCCGGGCUCAACAGUUCAAGGAGCAGGCUCGUCGCAAGAUGGAGGAAAAACUGGCAAAGCUUGGAAUCAAAGGGUCUUUGAAGAGAAGCGACGCGUCCGUGCCGGACCCUGCUUCUGCGGCUCCUGCUCCUGUUGAGACAAAACAAGAAACCCCGGCUGAACCAGCGAAGCCUAGUGCUCCCAAGCAAGCACCAGCUCCGCCGGCUCCCCGCCAGGUGUCCAACUCUCACCCAGCAAAGGAGGACGACUCGUCGGAUGACGACGACGCUGAGGAGCAGGAACUGAAGAGGCUUAUUGCUGAGAAGAAGGCAAUGGAAGCCAAAGAGCGCGAGAGGAAGCUGAAAAAGAAGCAAGAUAGAGAAGCUCGUCUGGCAAAGCUCAGAGCAGAAAUGGAGGAGCUCAAGAAAAAAGAAGCGCACAGCGAGAGCAGCGACGAAGACGAGCUGGCGGAUUCUCAGGCCGACCAGAAAGAUGUUCCUCCGCCGGCUGCUGCAGAGCCAUCAAAGGCCCCAGAGCCCGUGUCUGCAGCUUCCGUGUCGUCGGCGCACAGCAAUAAUCCGUUCUCGAAAAUGACUGCCCCUGUGGAGGAGCCAAAGCCAAAGAGCAAUAAUCCGUUCUUCAAGCCGCAGCUCACCUCAGAGUCAAGUUACGAUGCCGACAGACUCAAGGCCCAGAGAGAGGCGCAAAGAGGCAAGAGUUUGAGUGAUGACGGAUGGUCCGACUCGGACAAGGAGGACGAAGACGAGGACGAAAUGCCUGCUGCCUCGAAACAGGCCGAGCUUGCCUCGAUGCUUUUUGGCGGAGGAGUCAAGUCCUCGUCGUCGACCGUGAACGAAUACUCCACGCCACAGCCUGAGCAACAGAAGCCUGAUGAGCAGACAGAAGAUACACAGAGCUCUUCUCCAACAACGGCAGAAACUGUCAAGGAAACGGUGCCCCCUGUUCCUGCAGCUCCGCCGGUGGAAAAGCCAAUAGCUGCGGAAAUGCCUCCCGUCCCGGCUGCUCCCCCUAUUCCCGCUGCUCCGCCAGCUCCUCCUGCUCCAGUUUCUUCUGCUGAGUCAGACAGUUCCGAAAACGAUAGCUUUGAGGAGGCUCCAGCUGCGCCAGAUUCUCCUGACGGUUCUCUGGCUAUGGAGGCCCCACCCGUGCCUUCUGCUCCUGCUCCCCCAGCACCUGUGGAAGCUCCGCCAAUCCCUGCUGCAAUUCCUCCGCCACCACCGCCAGCUCCCGCUCCGCCAGCUCCGCCAGCUCCUGCCCCAGCUAACGGCACAGCAAACGGCGCAGUUAGCGGAACAGCUCCCAUCUCAGCGUUACUGGGCGAAAUCACUCUCGGCAAACAGCUGCGCAAGGUCGACGACUCCCAGAAACACAUUGUUGAAGGAGGCACUGUUGGAAAAGUACUAGACUGA